UUACAAUGAACGUACACUUUUAUACUUAGAGCUUUGAUGAUAGUUCCUAAUGCGAAAUUAAUUUGUAGACGAAUACGGAAGUCGAUUUGGAAGUCUGUCCUCCGUCUUGGCAGUUCACCCGGAUAAGCAAGAUCGCUCGAAGAUAUUUGAAAUAACUGAGAUAAAUUGUUGAGAAACGCUCUUGUCCUUCUUAACGUACGCACGCACCUUGCGCAAGGAGGACACUUUCAAUUUUUUUGUAUCCUCAUGCAUACAGGGAGACGAUUCGCGUACAUUCUUGAUGAAAAUCCAAAAGGAAUAUUUCCGAUUGCAUCGCCACCAGUCCUAUCACGACCCGGCCAUGAAAUACAUCAACGAUGACUCGGUAAUGCGAGGCAUAUACGAACCGUUCAAUCCGAGACCGUCGUAUCUCAAGAAGAUCACAGACAAAGCCAUGGAGAUGUUAGCGACGCUGGAAUCCCUGAACGUGAACGAGAACCAUUUGAAACUCAGGGAGCGCAAAGCUCUUAUUCAGGCCAAAGAUUAUCGGAAGCACAUUUUUGGUCAACCGUACGACGUGAACUGUUACUUCGGUGACUGGAUGCUGGGACCGAACCAUUUUUGUUGGCAGCCGAUUUGCGAAGUCGGAAAGGAUAUUUUCUUUCAUUUGGAUUAUUAUCAACCGCACAACCUGGAAGAUGUGAAAAAAUUACGGGAAAAAUUGAAAGAGCACAGAGACGCCAUAUACCAGUACAUUGCGAACAUGAAGGAAGGCGUCAAGAGAGGAAUGGUGCGCUCCGUUGAAGAUUGCAAAGUCGGAGUUGAUGCUGUUAAACAUGCGUUUCUAGAUAUUUCCCUGCAUGGCGAAUCAGGCGUGCUAAGCAGUUGGUUCAUGAAGUUCGUGGUCGCUCCCGACUUCCUGAAGAAUAUCACGGAGAAAGAGAACUUGCAAUGGAGAAGCGAAAAGGGAGAAUAUGUGAACACGUCCGUUUCAAGAUAUUACGUCGAACUUGUCGGCAAGCCCAUCGCUGACUUUAUAAAACUACACCAUCCCCCUCGCUUCAAGACUGCAUUAGUCUUUCCUCUUCAAGACCACGAUCCCGUCUUUUCGAGACCACCGGUUCAGGGGAGCAUAGAGCAUUUCAAAGACUACUGCGAUGAUACGAUCAGUUGGCUCCAUUCCACUACGUAUCACACGGCGCUCAUCGAAGGCUGGGCGUUGUACGCGGAAAAUCCUCUCGUCUCUGAAACGGACAUCUAUGACGAUAAUCUUACGCAAAAGUACGGCAUGCUGAAGUGGCAGAUUUGGAGAGCACUUCGGUUGAUCCUCGACUCCGGAAUCCACACGAGAAGUUUAACGCGUCAAAAAGCUUUGCAACUUCUCGACAAAUACGCAUGGGAUAGCACGGACAUUGCGCGCAAGGAGGUGACGCGUUACCAGAGCGUCUUUGGCCAGGCUACCGCGUACACCGUGGGACAACUGGGGAUAACACAACUGCGCGAGGCGGCGCGUCAAAAACUCGGAAAGAAAUUCAAUCUGAAAGACUUCCACUACCAAAUUCUGAGUCAGGGAUCGGCACCUCUCUCUUAUAUCGCAAAGCACAUCGGGAAGUAUGUGCAAUGCGUGCUUCAGCCUUUGGGAGAUGGGUGCAAGUAUAUUUUGUCACCACCGAAAACCCACGAUCAACACGAAGAUCACGACGAUCAUCGAUAUGUUGCUGGCCGUUUGGCUAAGCCUUCGAUGCCGCAACUCAAGCGUCGACACUACGUUUAAAUGCCCUAAAUACAGCCAGUUGUAUGGUUGCUUUCCUGGCGAAUUAUUGAGGUCGGGUCUUUGCAUCCUUUUGUUGCUCAGCCGGGGGUACACAGGAGUACACGCAUAGGCUGGCAGGCACACGUAAAGUCCGCUUCAUAGAUCUAUAUUGUGUAUAAUUAUUUUGAUCGAUUCGCACAUGCUAACGUAAUGGAAAAUUUCCAAAUUAAACCGUGUAGAUAUAGUAUAAUAAACUUGUAAACUUUAAAUCAAGGGAUUAUAAGUGUUAUCUGUCUAA